GAUGGUUUGGGUCCUGAAAUUACCAUGGAAUAUUUAAAUGGCAGCGGAGUCUACGCUCGAGAUGUAGCAAAAGCGAGAGACCUCGAGAGAAGAACGGGAAAAGAUGAUGAGGGACAGGUGGUGGAAAGAGCGCGGGGAGCCUUAUCAAAGUCUCUUUAUUCGGGGAGAAAACCAAAAUCUCCCCGCGGCACCCUUGCCACAGCCCACUGUCAAGGUUAUGCCCGGACCCGAUUCACUUUGGAUGCAAGAUUAUUUUUCCUUAAACGUCUAGCAACCCAAGCCUCUUUUUUACGCAACUUUUCUUCGGCUUUUCCUUACUGUCUCUAAUUGCCCUUAUUGGAACACCCAAACAGGUGUUCUUCAUCUUGAGAAGUCUGUAAACGUGAGCAAGGCUGUCUCCUCCUGGUUAUGGAGACAGGGGGAAAUUUGCAGUAGUAAGAAAAUGUAUAAACAAAGAGACUGAAAAAGAGUUUGCGGCAAAGUUCAUGAGGAAAAGAAGAAAAGGCCAAGACUGUCGAAUGGACAUAAUUCAUGAGAUUGCAGUCCUGGAAUUAGCACAAUGCAAUCGAUGGGUUAUUAACUUGCAUGAAGUAUAUGAGACGCCAACAGAAAUUAUUUUGGUUUUGGAAUAUGCUGCUGGUGGAGAAAUCUUUGACCAGUGUGUAGCUGAAAGAGAAGAUGCCUUCAAGGAAAAAGAUGUUAAGCAUCUCAUGAGGCAGAUUUUAGAAGGAGUUUCCUUUUUACAUCAAAAUAAUGUAGUUCAUCUUGACUUGAAGCCGCAAAACAUUUUGUUAACUUGUGAAUCGCCAUUUGGAGAAAUUCGGAUAGUUGACUUUGGACUUUCCAGAGUAAUGAAAAAUAGUGAAGAAGUAAGAGAAAUUAUGGGAACACCUGAAUAUGUUGCUCCAGAAAUUCUAAGCUAUGAUCCAAUCAGCACUGCAACAGAUAUGUGGAGCAUUGGAGUGUUAACAUAUGUCAUGCUAACAGGAGUGUCACCUUUUUGGGGGAAUGAUAAACAAGAAACAUUCUUAAAUAUAUCUCAGAUAAAUGUAAAUUACUCUGAAGAUUUUGAUCUUGUAUCUGAAUAUGCAGUAGAUUUCAUCAAAUCUCUUUUGAUUAAAAAACCCGAGAAACGGGCAACUGCAGAAGAAUGUUUGCUGCAUUCUUGGCUGGCUCAAACUGAUAUGCCUGAUAAAAUAUGCUGUAUUAAAAACACAGAAGAUGAAACAAAUACCACUAUUAUAAAUGAAAUCUCUACAUCUGAAAAUUCUACAAACGGAGAAAAAACAGAAGAACCAGUAGUAAAAGAAGAGCUUAUUUUAAUGGCUUCCUAUACACUGGGUCAGUGCAGGCAAUCAAAAAAAGAUAAAAUUGUUACACACAAAACUAUUUCAAAAUUAUUUAAAUUUAAGGAACCAUUUCUCCAUGAAAUACCUGGAGUUUACUGAAAAUACUCAAUACCUGCAAUUUAUUGAACUGCAGCUUGCUUCUACUUUGAUCCCUAACUUGCCUGAUUGGCUCUUUUCUUUUAGAUCAAUUAUGUACAGCCAAAUAACAUUUAUAUAAAAAUGUUAUUGUAAAGUAGAAGGAAAAUAUUAAAAAAAUCAUCUGCCAAACACCUUAAUAUUCUAUGGAAUUGAUAAUAUUGGAAAUACUUAAUACAGAAAAAAGUUGAAACAUUAGUUUAUUUUAAAAUAUCCAAUACAUGUAAAGCAUUGUUUUAGAUGUUCUGUUCAAGUACGUAUUCAUGGUAGAUAUUUCAGUUGCCUGAAUAAAACUGAUGUAUUUUUUCAGGUGCAUAAAAUAGCUAGUUAGACUUUGGAUACUAGUAUAUAAGUUUCCAGAUUUCAUAAUUUAAUAUUAUUUCUGAUAAAUACCUCUAUCUGUACUCCUAACUUUAAUUUUAAUGUUUGCCAUUGGGAAAAGAAGUUUUUUUGAAAUAUGUACAUUAGUUUUGGUAUUUAAUUUAUAUACUUAUCAUUUGGGACCAAUAAUGCUGUUCUUUAGUUAUUAGGGAAAAAUGCAAAGUAUUUUUAGUUUCUAAUAUGUUUAGAUAGACUUGAAUCUAAUUUGGCCAGUGGGCUUUUACUGAUCCUAUUUUUAGCUUUGCUCCUAAAUUUAUUUUAUUUCAGCGCUUCUAGUUUAUCAAGAUGUUUUGUCUUCUUUAAAAAAAUUGAUCACAGAAAUAGACAUAUCUUGCUAUUUUGCAGAUUUUUUCUUCUACUUAUAAAAGGAUAGCUGUGCUAUAACUCAAAGAAUGAAAGAUCCCUAGAAACCUACUUAUUUGCAGAAUGUACAUCAUGCGGUUUAUCUAUCAUCGUUUGCUUCUUAAAAUUUGUAUUCUACAUUCAUGAAAAGUGCUUUAUUUCUAAUAGAUUCAGAACCAUAUUUAGACUGUAGAUUUAAAUAGAAUAAUUUGAUUAAUUUUCUUAAAAUUUCAACAUUAGUGCACUAGAAAACUUGAAGAAAUGUUCACUAUGAAGCUAGUAUAUUAAUUUAUAUUAAGUAUAAAUGCAAGUUUCUGACUCCAUACUUCUUUAUAAGAAAUUAUGAGGCUCUAGCAAUGGUUCUCACAAGUUAAAAAUGGAAUUUCAAGGAAACAUUGAUUUGGUGCUUAUUAUUAAUUAAUGCAAUAUUUGUGUUUGUGUCUUUUCAUAUUUCAGUUCAGGUGCAUUCUUAAUAUAUAUAUAUAUAUAUUUCUUAACUUGUAGUUGUAAAUCUGAAAAAAACUAAAGGCUUUUACAAUUAUGUUACCUAUACAGAAUGAAACCAUGAUUUAUUGUAGUUUGAUAAAGAGGAUGUCUGUUAUUUUCAAUUGCAUAUUAAAUUGGACACUAUGUCAUCCACAGCAAGAUCAUUACACAAGUGAUGUGAAUUAUGUUAUUUGUAUUAUUUUUGUUACUGUGUGAUUAUAAAACGAUGACAAUUUACCUAUGACUGCAAUGGAGCCUGCUCAUUAUGGUUGCAUGUUGCAAGACAGCCUCACUAUACAGCCCCUUCCCCUUCUCUCACUGAAGUGCUCAUUAAAAAAAUCUAAUCAUUUCUUCUAGGCAGCUUCUAGUUGGAAAUAUAGAUAAGGACUUGCACUCUAGAUACUUGGAUCAUAAUGCAGCAUAGUCAACAAGAAAUAGGAGUACCAAAUAAAGUGUUAUGAAUAGUAGAUAAACACCAUGUCUUUAAAUAGCUAAGCAAUUUUACAAAAUCCUGAUAGGUGCACUAUGAUUAUGGAAACACCACCUUUAAAUACUACAGCCCAAUUAGGUUCUUCCAUUGGCCAGUACAAAAAUUAUUUCUUUAAUAUGGUAAACUGUUUUUUCUGGUUCUUUGAUGAUCUUUAGAAUUUGCAUAUCAUUAUUUUUUUUCAACUCCCCAAAGAGGAAUAUUCAUAAUGUUUUAAGGAAAUGUUUAAUUCUGAAAUUGUUUCCUGCUUUCCAAUAAAAAAAAUGUCAUUCCAUUCCAAAGAAUUUCUAUUAAAUAAUACUACCAAAGUU